AUCAAUUCAAGAAACAUCUCCUCUCUCUCUGUUUCACCAAUUAUUAUGAGAGGUUGAGAUUUAAAUAUAAAACGCAUAAAAAUAAGUAACGCAAUAACUCUGGUUCAUUCUUCUACUUUUUGUUUUACUUCUGUGGGUCCCUAUUCAUCAGAAUUCAGACAUCCUUCCACACCAUUUCCUCCAUUCAUAAACUCUUAUUUUAUCAUCAACAACCAAUCUACAUAAUUCACCUCACCAAUUUAAAACACUUUCAAAAGAUACAAACUUUACCGCCGGAAAAUCUCAUCUUUCGUUGGAAAACCCAUUUUCCGGCGACACUUAACACUAUCCUCCAAUCUCAUUGAAGAGUCAGAAGAUCUAAACCAUUAUAUUCUCAAUAAAGAACCAAUCUUUCUCGCCGGAAAACCACAAUUUUCGCCGGAAAAUUAAUUUUCCGGCGACACCCAUUUGCCGUCUCUGAUUUCCCAACAAAACCCACAAAUUGAAAUUUGUAAAAAAAAAAAAAGAUGCAAAAUCUUCGCCGGAGAAAACCCACCGAGCUCGGAGGUGAGGGUGAGCCCGAGAAGGCCCGGGAAGAAGAGAAGGAGAAAGGUCAAGGAGAAGGAAGUGUUGGAAGAGAUAAAGAGGAGAUUGAAAAAAAGAAUAAGAAGAAAUGGUCAUGUGUUGAUAAUUGUUGUUGGUUGAUAGGAUUAAUAUGCACAAUAUGGUGGUUGUUGCUGUUUUUAUACAAAGUAAUGCCAUCUUCUUUGCCACAAUAUGUUACUGAGGCGAUAACCGGGCCAAUGCCGGACCCGCCUGGCGAGAAGCUGAGGAAGGAAGGGUUGAGGGCAGAACAUCCGGUGGUUUUUGUGCCUGGGAUUGUCACUGCUGGACUUGAACUUUGGGAAGGGAAGCCUUGUGCUGAUGGUUUGUUUAGGAAAAGGCUUUGGGGUGGCACCUUUGGUGAAGUUUAUAAAAGACCAUUGUGCUGGGUGGAGCAUAUGUCGCUGGACAAUGAAACUGGACUUGACCCUGCAGAUAUAAGGGUUAGACCAGUUCCUGGACUUGUGGCUGCAGAUUAUUUUGCUCCUGGAUAUUUUGUAUGGGCUGUCAUGAUUGCCAAUUUGGCCCGUAUAGGCUACGAGGAGAAAAACAUGUAUAUGGCUUCAUAUGAUUGGAGACUUUCUUUCCAAAAUACUGAGGUGAGGGAUCAUACUCUAUGCCGGAUAAAAAGUACCAUAGAGGUUCUGGUUGCAACUAAUGGGGGUAAAAAGGCUGUAAUUGUUCCACAUUCUAUGGGAGUUCUGUACUUCCUUCAUUUUAUGAAGUGGGUUGAGGCUCCAGCUCCAAUGGGUGGUGGUGGUGGUCCAGAUUGGUGCGCCAAGCACAUAAAAGCCGUGAUGAACAUUGGUGGACCACUUCUCGGUGUUCCAAAGGCUGUUCCUGGACUUUUUUCAGCCGAAGCCAGGGACAUUGCAGUUGCAAGGGCCAUUGCACCUGGUGUUUUGAACAACGAUAUAUUCCAUUUCCAGACAUUGCAGCAUGUGAUGAGGAUGACGCGUACAUGGGAUGCUACAAUGUCAAUGAUACCAAAAGGUGGAAACACGAUCUGGGGAGGUCUUGAUUGGUCACCUGAAGAAGGCUAUUGUCCGGGUAAGAGAGAGAAGGAUGCAAAUGUAACCACUUUUGCAGGAAGAAAUAACAAUCCUGAAACAAAGAAGGCUUAUUAUGGAAGAAUGAUAUCAUUUGGUAAAGAUGUUGCUGAGGCAUCUCAAUCUGACAUCAAAAAGAUUGAUUUCAGGGGUGCUGUGAAGGGUAGUAAUGUUGCAAAUACUUCAUGCCGGGAUGUGUGGACAGAGUAUCAUGACAUGGGAGUUGGUGGAGUAAAAGCUAUUGCUGACUAUAAAGCAUAUACAGCUGAUGACAUUGUAGACUUACUUCAUUAUGUUGCUCCAAAGAUGAUGGCACGGGGUGAUGCUCAGUUUUCAUAUGGCAUUGCUGAUGAUCUGGAUGACCCAAAAUACCAACAUUAUAAAUACUGGUCUAACCCCCUAGAAACCAAAUUGCCAGAUGCACCUGAUAUGGAAAUCUAUGCUCUCUAUGGUGUAGGAAUCCCAACUGAAAGAGCAUAUGUAUACCGAGUUACCCCUUAUGCAGACUGUAAUAUACCAUUUGAGAUAGAUAUAUCAGCAAAUGUGGAUGACAAGCAUAGUUGUUUGAGAGAUGGGGUAUUCUUAGUUGAUGGAGAUGAGACAGUACCAGUUUUGAGUUCAGGUUUCAUGUGUGCUAAAGGUUGGCGCGGAAAAACCAAAUAUAAUCCUUCAGGAAUCCGAACUUACAUAAGAGAGUAUGAUCAUGCUCCCCCGGCUAACCUUUUAGAAGGGCGUGGGACACAAAGUGGAGCUCAUGUUGAUAUCAUGGGGAACUUCGCGUUAAUAGAAGAUAUAAUGAGGGUAGCUGCUGGACAAACUGGUAAAGAUAUAGGAGGUGAUCGUGUGUAUUCUGAUAUCUUCAAGUGGGCGGAGAAGAUCAAGUUGAAGUUAUAACUGAUAAACAGAAAGUGAUGAGUACUAUUUGCAAAUAGCUGAGUCGGACACUUGGACACCCGUAUCCGAGUAGAUACUCAAUUCGUGUCUGAGUAACAUAGCUACAUAGUAUAUUCUUCUUAAAGGAAAUGACAGAACAUGAACGAGUGCUUCUCAAAGCUCAUUUCCUUGGUGUGCUUUAGCCAAAUUGGUUGGUUUAAUAUGCAUUCUUAUGUAUGGCAUUGUACAGUUUAAGCAACAAUUGAUAGGGGGCAUUUAUUGGUGAUUUUUUGUUAUGUAUUCCUAAAAGUUUCUCCUUGUGAAA